AUGCCACCGCAUGGUGAUGAGGUUAUUGAUAAUGUUACACCACCGGUUGCGAACACGCUGGGUGCUUCGACGACAGCGACAAGUACGUCGACGCUAAUGUUGGGUGGCGCAGGCGUGAUGGAGAAGCUUGAGGGUGCUGGCAAUUUUUUAAGUUGGAAAUUCACUAUGAAAAUGAUGCUCACACUGGAAGGAUUGUGGGACCUCAUUGUGAGAUUGGAUGAUACGCCGCUCACGGGCUCUGAUGUCGUGCGCGAUCAGCGCGCGCUGGCCCGUCUGUGUUUAGGCUUAAAACCUGGGUUAUACCAGUAUGUUCGAGACGCCAAAUCAGCAAAAGACGCUUGGAAGAAGUUGUCCCACGUUUUUGAGGAUCGCGGCCUGUAUAGGCGCGUACUACUCUUAAGACAGCUGCACCGUAUUGAAUUUUCGCACUUUAGUUCAAUGUCUUCAUAUAUUGAGAAAGUUAUGUCUCUUGUACACCAGUUGUCAGACAUAGAGAAGACUGUUGAAGACGAAGAAAUUGCAGAAAUACUGUUAAGUGGAUUGCCACCAGAAUAUGACUCGCUUGUUAGUAACCUAGAGACCCUGUGUUUGACAUCCAAACUUUCUAGCGAGGUAGUGAGAACUAGGCUGUUACAAGAAGAGCAGAGGAAGGACUCCAUGAAUACGUCUUCGACUUCUACUACUUCAGCGUUUGUAAGCAAGAAACAGAUCACAUGCAAAUAUUGUGGGAAACCAGGACAUGUGAAGGCUAAAUGCUUUAAGCUGCGACGUGAGAAGAUGGCGAAGAAGAGGGACAACAAGGAUCAACAUGCCUCUGCCUACCUAGCCCAUGCUGCUGCCGCUGAAUUGUUUUUGGACUCGGGUUCAUCAAAUCACUUAGUGAAGGACAAGGAGUUACUGUGCAAUCUUAAGGACACUAGUGCGCAAUCAAUAUCAACAGCAAAUAAACAACAGAUGACCAGUACGAGCGCAGGAGAGCUGAACCUCGUUAUGAACAAUAAGGGUGAUGCUUAUGACAAGUGUGAAGCUUGUCUUAAGGGGAAGAUGGCCACCAAGCCUUUCCCUAAAGCCAGCUCAAGCAGGACUACCCAACCGCUGCAGCUCAUACAUAGUGACGUUUGUGGACCAUUACCAGAGGCAAGCUGGGGUGGGGCGCGUUACCUGGUCACCUUUACCGAUGACUUCACAAGGAAGACCUUUGGAUACCUCAUGAAGAACAAAUCGCAGGUAAUGUCCCAUUUUGUUCAAUUUAAAGCCUUAGUGGAAAAGCAACUAAAUUUGCCUAUUAAAUGCUUACGUUCAGAUAAUGAUGGCGUGUACUGUACUGGGAGUGAGGACGAGUCCGAACCCGCUGGUUUGUCUGCAAGCGAGGACGAGCUCGACCCCGCUGGGCUGCCUGCAAGGGAGCCAAGCUCCGAGCCUCUAACUUCGCCAUGCGAGACCACAGCUCGGGAUGGUGCCGCGACUGGUCCUGUGACUGUCGCUUCGCACACCGGUCGGCCAAUCCGCUCUACACGUAACGUACAACCUCCGAGAUUUUCCGACUAUGAUAUGACUGAUAACAGUUUUAUGGUCUUUGAAAAUCCUUUUAUCUCCGAACCACUUACAUACAACGAGGCGGUGAAUUCAGCUCAUAGUAAGGAGUGGCUGGAGGCCAUGACGCGUGAGUACGACGCACUAGUUGCCAACAAUGUGUGGGAGCUAGUGGAUAGACCCGUAGAUAAAAAUAUAGUUAAAUGCAAAUGGUUCUUGAAAAAGAAUUUAAUGUAA